CGAUCUGAAUUCAAUGGCUGCCUUGAUGAAACCCAUAUGCAGCACAGAGACUUUGGUACAGCAUUAUUCCACAGGAGACGCAGAGCCCAAACUGACCAACAGCGCAUCACUUACUAGCCCGUCUGUACCUUCUUCGGAUAGCUUGGAAAAUCCAUCAACUGCGAAGCACCCAUGUUUGAGGGAGAACAAAGCACAUGAAGAUAGCAGCAAGGUUGGCUUACUCUGCUUAGGCUCCGACUGUUCAGAUCCGGAACAGCUCCUGUCUUCUUUAUCCAAGCUAACUCUAGAUGCAAACGACAAAAGUAACUUCUGGGAUGAGAAAUAUUGUUUCUCGGAUGUCGAGAGUGAGUACGCCGCACUGGAACUUCUCGUUCCAUUUGGGAACUCUUUGGUAGAUCCUGGCACUCUUAAAAAGCGUCCAACCCCGAACCUGCUUUUGCGUCCUCGAACAACUUCAGAACAUCAGCCAUCGGCAACCCUGGAAGAACGUCGUUCGAAUGAUGCUGAAACACCGCAAACCGGUAACAUAUCAUCUAGGCCUAGACCCUCCACAGCCCUAGGUGGGUUUAUUGAUCGCCGGGCUAAUGAUAAUCCGUUCACCCAUUCUUCAUCGAAUGGGAGACUACCGGUCGCCUCGGUAGCCCCAAUUAUGGCUACGGAUAGACAAAUUCGAGCAUCCAGUGCGUCGCUGAAUCCCGCUUGUGCGCACGACGCCAGCAAAUCCACAAACUGUGUAACGAACAAUGCAGGCGAUCGAGAUCAGAAACCCGACAACGGAUUGGAUAAGCAUCUACAUCUGGGAUUAGACGGACCGUUUUGCUUUGAAGAUGCUAGGCGUUCUCGAUUUAAGGGUGUGCAAGGUCCUGCAACUGCGAUCUUAGGCGAAAAACUAGUCAGAGGCAGUGGUUUGACUGGGAGUUUAGACAUGUCAUUACAUAAGCCAAACGUGCUUGACCACAUUAAACUACCUUAUCCAAAAUCAGCCAUUCAGGCAUAUCCAUCAUCCCUGGCACAGUCACCAGGACAUGCAGUUCGUUUGAGCCUAUCGAAUUAUGCACUGCAACAUAACGACCACGGAAUGAUGACCAACGGAAUUCAACAAUGUGCGGGGGAAGCUACGGUUGGAGAAACGACCCACGAUCUGAAUUCAAUGGCUGCCUUGAUGAAACCCAUAUGCAGCACAGAGACUUUGGUACAGCAUUAUUCCACAGGAGACGCAGAGCCCAAACUGACCAACAGCGCAUCACUUACUAGCCCGUCUGUACCUUCUUCGGAUAGCUUGGAAAAUCCAUCAACUGCGAAGCACCCAUGUUUGAGGGAGAACAAAGCACAUGAAGAUAGCAGCAAGGUUGGCUUACUCUGCUUAGGCUCCGACUGUUCAGAUCCGGAACAGCUCCUGUCUUCUUUAUCCAAGCUAACUCUAGAUGCAAACGACAAAAGUAACUUCUGGGAUGAGAAAUAUUGUUUCUCGGAUGUCGAGAGUGAGUACGCCGCACUGGAACUUCUCGUUCCAUUUGGGAACUCUUUGGUAGAUCCUGGCACUCUUAAAAAGCGUCCAACCCCAAACCUACUUUUGCGUCCUCGAACAACGUCAGAACAUCAGCCAUCAGCAACCCUGGAAGAACGUCGUUCAAAUGAUGCCGAAACACCGCAAACCGGUGACAUAUCAUCUAGGCCUAGACCUUCCACAGCCCUAGGUGGGUUUAUUGAUCGCCGGGCUAAUGAUAAUCCGUUCACCCAUUCUUCGUCGAAUGGGAGACUACCGGUCGCCUCGGUAGCCCCAAUUAUGGCUACGGGUAGACAAAUUCGAGCAUCCAAACAUCAGCCAUCGGCAACCCUGGAAGAACGUCGUUCGAAUGAUGCUGAAACACCGCAAACCGGUAACAUAUCAUCUAGGCCUAGACCCUCCACAGCCCUAGGUGGGUUUAUUGAUCGCCGGGCUAAUGAUAAUCCGUUCACCCAUUCUUCAUCGAAUGGGAGACUACCGGUCGCCUCGGUAGCCAGCCCUAUGGCUACGGAUAGACAAAUUCGAGCAUCCAGUGCGUCGCUGAAUCCCGCUUGUGCGCACGACGCCAGCAAAUCCACAAACUGUGUAACGAACAAUGCAGGCGAUCGAGAUCAGAAACCCGACAACGGAUUGGAUAAGCAUCUACAUCUGGGAUUAGACGGACCGUUUUGCUUUGAAGAUGCUAGGCGUUCUCGAUUUAAGGGUGUGCAAGGUCCUGCAACUGCGAUCUUAGGCGAAAAACUAGUCAGAGGCAGUGGUUUGACUGGGAGUUUAGACAUGUCAUUACAUAAGCCAAACGUGCUUGACCACAUUAAACUACCUUAUCCAAAAUCAGCCAUUCAGGCAUAUCCAUCAUCCCUGGCACAGUCACCAGGACAUGCAGUUCGUUUGAGCCUAUCGAAUUAUGCACUGCAACAUAACGACCACGGAAUGAUGACCAACGGAAUUCAACAAUAUGCGGGGGAAGCUACGGUUGAAGAAACGACCCAGUAUGCGGAUUCUGUGAACUCUGGAAGCUCCCUCGUGCAGCAGCAAGGGCAGGUGGAGCGCCUUCGCCAGGAACUGAAAAAAUCGAACGACCAAAUCACAGCCCUAACGUUUCAAUUAUCCUGUAAAGCGAGAGAAGAGGCCACACUGGAUGAGACCAAAAAUAUUCUGACUUCCAAAAUUCAACAACUGACCACGCUGAACACGAUAAAAGACUCGGAAAUCUGUGAACUUCGAAACACCAUAAAUCAACUACGAUCGGAUAUGCACAAACUGCAAUUAGUACACGAAGCGCAACAACGUCGCCCGGGGCGAUCGAAUUCCUAUCGCACCGUACCAGAGAAUUCCAGCCAGCAAGAUACCCAGGAAACCAUAAGCCUGAAUAGCUUGGCAAGCGGUACAAGCAAUGGCAGUCAGGAUACAACUUCAGUAGUCGGGCAGACUGGUUCGGACUCCACAGGGACCACGAUCUCGGUUCAGUCUCCAGAUACCCUCGAACAUUCGGCGGGAAAGCGCUCGCGUUGGAUCCGACCGACACUUGGAAAAGCCUUUAAAAAACGUUCAAAAAGCAGUAUGGAUACAGGUGAUCGGGAUGGUAGACAGAAUGAUCCACUCCGCGUGACAAACAACCCAACGGCAACCGUUUUCACCAAUAUUCCGGGUGCCCGAAUGUCAUUACCAUUGCCAGAUGGUAGGAAGCGUGGAAAUCUGGAUCCUUUGAAGAUCGUCUCCCCGCAAACAGGAACAGACCAAGCGACGCAUGAAUUACUCUUGAAAAUGAGAUGGGAAUUGAGUUAUUUGAAGACUGACAACCAACGCUUAAGACGUCUCAUAGCAAACAGUUCACCCUUGUCUGGCACCAACAAUGGUGAACACCCGGAAGUGAACUCCACAGUCAGUUUAACAGAUCUCUCAGUGCGUCAUUGUUUGAAUGCGAAACAAUACGUACAAGUUUACAUUUAUCCAGAGCCCAUCCCCGCAUCUGGCAACAUUCAGACUUCAGACGAAUGUCUUCCAUGGGACAUCCAAUCCCGAGUAGCCUCUACAAAACUACUAAAAGCUGGAUAUGUUGGACUGAAAGAGGGCUCAACAUGGAAGGACCUGGAUAACUCCCUGUCUGCCUUGAUACACGACCACCUUGCGUUUCUGGAUCCCGAAGAAAAAUUGGGCUUCCACACCUUGGCUGUGGAAGCAUAUCAGCUAGGCUAUCGUUUACAAACGUCUUCCAGUUCCAAAACCAUCAUACGCCGACGAUCUGUCGAAAAUCCAAUGGAAUUCACAAGCGAUUAUGCACAAGAUUGUGUCGAAACCCAAGUACCUUUAAAAUGGCUGGAAGACAUUCUACACAUGGAAAACGAAAAAGUUAUUAUUCUGCAUGCGAUUGUCUCACUGGCUGUGGCAACCAAUCCUCGGGGAAUCCAGUCAGCAUCUCCUGGAGAGUCUGUCGACUUUAAGAACCCUCGGUCGGGGGAUUUCAGCCUUGUGUCUUUCGAAACACUGAUUCCUGUGAAACUGCUGCAACACUAUUUCUCCGUUAUACAGAAUAACCAAUUUAACAUUCUGUGUGGACCCCCUGGUACAGGAAAGCUACGGAUUCUCCGAGAACUGGCCAGAGAGCUGUUGAAGAGGUUAGUGGUGCAUGGUAUUGCCAUAUGUGAUAUUUCUAACCUCAACCGCCAGUCGGAGGACCCGGUGAGGACAUACUCAAUCAAACCUGGUGGGUCAGGUUUGCUCGGAGAAAUAAAGAAAUUCCUCGACGAAGUUACAUCAAGCAGUCACAAUGUGGCGAUACUCGAAGAUUUGCAUCAUUUUCCCGGACCCAUAAAGGAACUUUUGGGCGCAAUCUGUAGUGAUGAACGAGAGGCCAGACCCAUAAUCUUGGCUACGAGCGACGUGCAUAAUGAAGAAUUGGAAGGCCUGCAAGAAAAUAAUCUGGCUGGGAUCGUCCAACAUUUGACAGACUUAGAUACAACUACCAAUUUUCUCGGUUGCUACCUACGUCGAAAAUUAGCGCAAACACGAUUGUUUGAAGAAACCACACCACAGACCUGCACAGCCGCCUGCUCACACGAGGACCAAGCACUCACACACCUGAUGAACUGGAUCCCAAAAGUGUGGAAUCAUCUAAACCGUUUGUUCACCACAUCACAACAGAAGCAGCGCUCAACCCUUUUUGGUUUGCGCGUUUUCCUAACCUGUCCUAUGGAUUUGCAAUCCUCACAGAACUGGUUCACAGAUUUAUGGAACAACCUCUUUAUUCCUUUCCUCUUUCGCACUCGUUCCACAGAUCAGAUGUUGUGUACAUCGACCACAAGUACCUUGUCCGCUUCAUUUGAUUGGAUAAUGGCUACUUGGCCUUGGUCACACACCCAACCCGACGAAUUGACUGUAACAGGGGCGGCAGAAAAAAACUUGAGUGAACCAGUCCGUCUAGGUGAAGACCCAACAUCCACAAGCGCACGAACAUCUUUCCCGCUCGUCACUUUCGGAGCGCCGAAGUCUCCUCAGGCCCCAGUCCAAAGACAGCGUGCGCUUAAGAAUCGUUCUAGUUUGGAUUCCGGGAUAGUCCCAGACGGAUACGCUGCGGUCAGCUCAGCGUGUACCACACAGCCAACAUUUGAAAGUCGACUGUCUGUCGGAUCGGAGAUUUCCGAUCGAAUAACCGUGACCGAGCUGCUAGCGGAAGUAACCAACAAGUCCACUCGUCAAGCGACGAACGCAAGGGAGUGUGAGAUCAACAACCGUGUGUA